AUGUUUGUGGCUUUGCUGUGGCUACUCUUCCUCCGAGCUAAUAUUCAUCACAACCAUCAAUCGUUCACAGUAUGGAGACUCAGAUUUUGGACCAAUGAUUCGUCUCGUCGCAAACUUCUAAAUUAUAUUUCCCGUUUAGUUCAAAGCAGUCAUCUAGGUGGUCUGAUGCCUCGGCUCUCUCAUACUCUCCUACACAGCGCUUACAAUGUUUCGCCUUUACUACCAUUAGUCCUUCGAGAGACACGCAGUCUUCCAUCUGCUAUCAAUGAAUUGCGAUGGCUACGCGAAUAUGUUGAUAAGACUACAGGCUAUUACUUGCCUAAUCAGAAAUGGAGAGCGUUGCUGAAACUCUGUAAAAGACGUGCCAGGGGAGAACCUCUGCAGUAUAUACUUGGCACCCAGCCUUUUGGGGAUUUGGAAAUCAAAUGCCAACCCGGAGUACUUAUACCUAGGUAGAUCCAAUAAACUACUUUUUGUCUAGCUUAUAGCUAACGACCAAAAGGCCAGAAACAGAGGCAUACACAGCCCACGUGGCAAAACUCCUUGUAAAAGCAAAGCCUUUCCUCUACGAAAAAUGCCAAAGUCGGCAGGAAUCAAUGAAGAUCAUCGACUUUUGCUCCGGGACUGGUUGCAUUUCCCUCCUUCUAUUUUCUCUUCUGACUAAUGUAUACACUAAACUUGAGAUUGUUGGUCUAGAUAUCUCCCACAAAGCGCUUGAUGUGUCGAAUCAAAACAUUCUUUUCAAUGCUCUCAAAAGUUCUGCGCAGCAAAGUAUCAGCUUUGAAUAUGCUGAUGUGCUCGGCGAAAAGCAAAGAAUCCUAGACAGAUGUCAACGUGUGUGCGAUGUUAUUAUAUCUAACCCUCCAUAUAUAUCAGAAGAUGGAUUUAAGAAAGAAACGACACGAUCCGUGAGGAAUUGGGAGCCAAGACUUGCACUGGUGCCAAAUGUAUCGAAACUAGAUACCGAGUUUUCAGAUGAUGAUUCUGAGAAUAUCUAUCCCAUGAAAACGGAAGAUAUCUUCUAUCAUCGCUUGCUGCAUUUUCAUUCCCUUUUAAAAUCGAAAAUUCUAGUGAUGGAAGUAGGAGAUGAAGCCCAAGCAAGGAGAGUUAUCAAAAUGGCGAUGGGCUCUUCAGAUAGGAUUGAAAUAUGGAGGGACUGGCCAGACCAACACGAGUCCGGAAACGAAAAAGCAGACUACAUGCUUGUUGGCGAUCAUAAAGUAGCAGUCAGAGGCAGUGGUAUGGUUAGAGCUGUUGUCUUACUCUCUAAUCAGCACUUUAAGUUGUAGGAAUGUGGAAUGCCUUUGAUACCAUCGUUUUAAAGCUCAUAAUCAUCACACGAUGAAGGCGGAAUAAGACGAGUCACGUCUCAGCAUUGCUAGUAAACAUCAAAGACACUUCAGAAACAAUCUAGAAGUUCUUUGGGUUCAUGAAACGAUAUAAAUGUCUACCUAUUAAGCACCUCUUUUUCAUCAACCGAAUCCACCAUUUCAGCCCUU